UUUCACGCUUGGCGAAAGGCGGCGUUUGCAGAGCCCUUCUUGAGCUAGAAGCCAACUAGAAUUACAUCACGGGCUCAAGCGUGGAGCCGCGCAAAUAAAUGCAGCGGCAACCAGGUACCAGGGCAAUCCUAGGGGGGCAAAGGCACGAGGUGAGCGACUUUGAGCGGCCAAAGUGAAAAAGAGGGCGUGAGCGGCUCAGAAAGAAGCCAGUCCCGGACGAUGCACACGGAGCCUUGCAAGGUUGCACAGGCUGCUGUUCGUUGGAGCCGACCCGGCGGGGUAUAAAAGCUGGCUGUGAGGCCGCCUUCUAAUUCAUAACCCAGCCGCAGCUAAGAGGUGGUGCCCGAUUUAGCAGUGGCCAAGCCGCCUCGGAUAGCUCUCCUCCGCUACGGGGAAGCAACUGAAGAAGCUCCCGCGAAAGAGCAUCACUUCUCAGCCGCGCUUGGAGCUCGCCACGGAGAAAGUGGCUUCCUCCCCACCUUACUCCCUUCGGCUUGGGGUGGCUGGAGCGACCGAUUUUUUGCCUCCGGGACUUCGGGGAGUAGCAGAUCGCCUUUGCCUUUCUUUCCCCCAACCUCCCCACCACCACGCCCGCGAGUUUCCUCUUUUAAGGAGCAGGGCCUGAAAAGAUCGAGUCGGUGGUUUCCAUAGCGAUGGGACCGAAAGUGCAGGAAAUUUAAAGGCGCUGGAUCCUCGCGCAGCAGACUAGCUGGUGCCAACGUGCGUGGCGGCGGCGGCGGCUCUCGCGAACUGCAAAAGAGACGGGAGCCGAAUGGAAGUUUGCAGAGGACUCUCCUGAGCGGACACGACCCGAAAUCCGGAGGCAGAAACAAUUGCAUGGGGCACCCCGGGCUUCUGAUUUUCUGCACGGGGCUGUCGCCCUUCACGAGCACUACUACUUACUUCUAAACGGUGCUGGGUUUUUUUUGGUGUGUGUGCUGCUGUUGCCUACUCACCGGACCCCCGAGGAAAGGCGUUUGGGCAAGGAGUCUGCAGCCGCGGAACGCAAGCGGAGGGGGAAGACCCUCCUUGCUUGGAUACCCUCCUCAUCUUCCCUUCUCCGGCCGAUGCCUCUGCUCAGGCCCGCUUCUGGGUGAACCCUGUCCCCUUUCCUUUUCCCCUCCGUCCAUCCAUCCCUCCCUCUCUCUGAGCAUGGAUCACCUUCAGUGGCUGGUGAGGCUUUACGCGUUGGCGGUCCUCCUAGGUUUCCGACUGGAGCAGGGCGCUUGCCAGCACUACCUCCACAUCCGACCGGCCCCCAGCGACAACUUGCCCCUGGUGGAUCUAAUCGAGCACCCGGACCCUGUCUUCGACCCCAAGGAGAAGGACCUGAACGACACGCUGCUAAGGACCCUGCUGGGCAGCCACUUCGACCCCAGCUUCAUGGCCGUCUCCUUGGCCGAGGACCGCCUGGGCGGGGACGACCUGGCCCAGCUGGACCUGCUGCUGCGGCAGAGACCCUCCGGAGCCAUGCCCGGCGAGAUCAAAGGCCUGGAGUUUCACGACGGCGGGGGUCUCCAGGCUAGCAAGAAGCACCGGCUGAGCAAGAAGCUCCGUCGAAAGCUGCAGCUCUGGCUGUGGUCGCACACCUUCUGCCCGGUCCUCUACGCCUGGAACGACCUCGGCAGCCGCUUCUGGCCUCGCUACGUGAAGGUGGGGAGCUGUUUCAGCAAGCGCUCCUGCUCCGUCCCGGAAGGCAUGCUUUGCAAACCGGCCAAAUCCGCGCAUCUGACCAUUUUGCGGUGGAGGUGCCAGCGCCGCGGGGGGCAGCGUUGCACGUGGAUCCCCAUCCAGUACCCGAUCAUUUCCGAGUGCAAAUGCUCCUGCUAAGGCGGGGCGGGCGGGGGGGGGGAGUAACGCGCGUGUGUGCCCUCCGCUCCGGUCACCGCCAACGUCCCCGUAGAAAACAAGCAAGCCAAGUAUAACACCGUGCCUCUUGUUCUCACCGAACCGUGCCGGCCGCGAAGCAUGGGGGUUUGGUCGGCUUCAAGACGCUACGAAGCGCAAAAAAAGGGGGUGGGAUGGACGUUGUUGGCUUCCCCCAGUUGAAACGUUUGCAUUGCUCCGGGUUGCGCGCAAGACAAGGGACAUUUUUUGUUGUUUUUGUGUUAAAAGACGGGCGUGCUUCACGAAAGACCCGGGAGAGCGAGAGCGUUCUUGCGCGCACCGGACCCCCCUGCCCUGCAGAGUCAGACCACCCAAACGCCUCCCGAAAGCAGGUCAGUGUUAUACCGCGGACUCUUCUCGCCUGCUGUACUUUUCAGAGAGUCGAUUCGCUCGGACCGUCGCAAAUUGGAACUUUUCUCCACCCACCUCCCCGUCUUUAAUUUAUAUUCCAGGGAAAACAAAAAGCGUUUGGAGGAUUUAAAAACAGACGCUUCUCAAAACCUUUGGGGUGGUUGUUGAUUUUUUGGCAAAAACUUUUUUUUUAAAAAAAACAGGACUUUUAACAUAAAACUUUUUUUUAAAUUAUAAAUGGAAAUAUUUUCCAUUCUUUAGGGAACAAAGUUUUCGAGCGAUUUGCGUUGUGAUUUUUUUUUUUUACGGACUUCCGAAGAUGACGACUAAACGCUGUUGAUGACUUUAAAGGGUUUUAAGACACGUUGUUACUGUUGUGUACAUAGCGGGUUUGGUGGUGUUGUUUCUUUUGCCUUGGAACGUCUUUCGUCUUCUGUACGUGGAAGAGAGUUGGCUAUUUAUUCUUUAUAUUCAUUCCCUUGUAGUCGAAAAGUUCAGCUCAAAAUUAAA